GGCUGUGGGGGAAGAGACUGGCAGCCCGGGCCCGCCAGCAGCUCCUCUGGAUGGAGGUCCUAGACGAGUUCGACAGCGAGUUCCCCCAGAGUGUGACCUUCUGCCAGCUCAUCUCCGAGGAGGACUUCGAGAGGCAGGCGGCGACCUACACGGAGCGCGCUCUGCGUCGCCUCUUCCGCAGCCUCGAUCGUAACCCGGCGCUGGCGGAGAGGGUGGUGCGCAAGGGCAAGCAGACGGAACUCGAACAGCGCGGACUCCUCUCCUUCCUCUGGGUGCGGCUGCAGGACUCUGCAGUUUGGAGAUUUGGGGGCAGGUGGGGGGAGGGCGCCGUGGAGCGCCUGGAAGUCUAA